UUUACCAAUGGAUGUGCACCGGUCAUAAGUCAUGACCUCAAUUUAAUUGAAUCAUUCCUGUUUUUUUUACUCAUUUCCCCCAUCUGUGUAUUGCUGGUUUUUACUUUCAUAUCCAAAUGGCUCAACAAAGACAGCUGGGAAAAUAUCUGCACCUUAUAUUGUGAAAGAAUUGAAAGUUAAACAAUCCAUUUUCAUUAUAAAAAUAUUAAUAGUUGCAUAUUGAGUACUUCCUCUUUCAUGAGCAUUUCCUCUAAUCUCUGCCUCCUCCCACUCCCUAUCUUUACCGAGAUCUUUGGGUAGUUUAACUUUAAUCGAAAGUGAAAGUGUUGGCUGAUGACUAAAGGGAGUGGAGAGAGAGGAGAGGCAGAAGGAGAACAGAAGACAAAGGAAAUCUCUCUUAUCUGGAUCACAGCUAACACACCAUGAUGCUUCGCCUCCAGCACCAGGACGCUCUCAUCCCUCGGCCUCGAGGGACUUUGCCCAAGGUGUGUGCUGUGGCGCUGGCUGCCAUGACAACGGGAGGCGUCGUGUUUCUGUCUCCUGAAAGGUUGUUUGGAUGGGUUGCCAUGGCAAUCCUCAUCCUGACCCUCGGCCCUCUGCUGCACGGGCUCUGUCUGCUGGCAGAGGAGAUGUUGCACCAUUCAAAUACCAGGUAUAGAGGCCGGAGGCUGCUGAGCCACAUGCUGCCAGCCUGUGGUUUUGGGGGAAAGACCCUGCUGGCUGCUGGGCUGGCAGGCCUGCUGCUCUACCUGGCCGGACAUCCUCUGCCACACAAAGGUCAAUGCUGGAAACUCCUCAUCCUGACCUCGGUCCUUUACGCUCUGUUCAAAAGCCUGGGAGUCCUGGGUCCGUCGGAGGUGGAGGUGUCUGACAUCUGCGAGGUCAGGAAGAUGAACGUGGCCCACGGCCUGGCCUGGUCCUUCUACCUGGGCUACCUGCGACUGGUGCUGCCACGUUUAGAGGACUCCAUCAAAGCAUUUCGUGAAACCCAUAAGGCCUUCUGUGGUCGUGGCUCCAGGAAGCUCCUCAUCCUCAUACCUCUCAACACCAACAUUUCUCACAAGCUGGAGGAAGAGGACGACCACAUCCAAUUCUAUGACAACCUGCACAACAACGAGAUAGACAGGGCAGGCGUCCAGGGGCGGGUCUACAAGCACAGCGUCUACAGCGUAUUGGACAAGCAUGGGGAGGCCCAUCAGUGUGUGGUGGAGUAUGCAACGCCUCUGCUGACGCUGCACAGCAUGUCCCAGGAGAGCAGCGCUGGUUUCGGGGAGCCUGAGCGCCGACAGCAGGUCCUGCUCUUCUACAGGACCCUGCAGGAAAUACUGGAGCACUCGCUGGAGUGUCGCAACCGCUACAAACUCAUCCUGCUUAAUGAUGAAGACGAGGACGACCCUCGCCUCCUGUCCAAAGCCAUCCUCAGACACCUGCAGCAGCAGGAGAGAGAGGAGUUCUGCCUCACCCCACCUCCUCAACAGGAGAUGGUGCACCCCCUGGCAAGAACAUCGGGCGCCAUGCCAACUGCUCCACCCAUAGGUGGUAACUAUAGAUACCCUGAGCCAAUGAGCAGGGAGCCUACGCUGAUGUUCAGCCUGGAUAAACCUCAGCCUCUGAAGGAACCUGUAGAGGACACCGACCACUACUGAGGACAAAUAUAAACACAUGCUCAGGCAUAUAUAACGUAAACACACACACGCAUGUACACACACUGUUAUACUUUAUUCUUGUUACAUACGCAGUUGAUAGAUUAGCGAUAUGAAAAUUAUAAACUGACUGUGUCUGAAUUCAUAGAUAUUAAAUAAA